AUGAAAUCAUGGCUCGGCUUUUGGAAUGCGUUGCAGCUACCGGGCGUGGCUAGGCGGGAGGCGGUGCGCUUCAUCGCCGUCAGCCAGUACCAGGCGGGCGCCUUCCUCAACGCCCUCCCCUCGCGCCGCGACUUUCGUAUCCCGACGUGGGCGCUGCGCAUCGCCGUCCAGCGGCGCCUCGGGCUACCACUUGACGAGGCGCUCGCGCGGGGCGCGCCGACCUGCUCGGCGCGCGGCGGCAAGGUCAUGCGGAGCGUGUGGGGCAUGCUCGUCGAGGUGGAGCCGCGGGACCACCUCGGCUACUCUAACAACUACCGGCCCGACGUCUCGGUGGCGGGCGCCGGCCGCUCGCGCUCGCGCCUCGUCGGCGACGUCAAGUUCAAGGACUCGCUCUCCUCCAACCCGGAGGACGUCGGCCAGCGAGGCGCUUUCGUCGGCCUCGGCAACACCGAGCCCGGCACGAGCGCGGACGUCUUCGGCCUCGAGCAGCGCGGCGCUGUCGGGGACGGCGACUUCAGGCCGAGCGACGGCGGCGGCUAUGUGGCGUACAAGAAGGCGGACUACGCGCACGCCCUCUCGCGCUCGGACACCGACGUGCAGAUGUACCUGUUCGAAAUUUUCGGCGGGUGGUGCAACGCGGUCAAGCGGCUGUUCUACCAGAUGAAGGACAAGGUGCGCAACAAGCUCUCGAAGCGGCAGCACGAGGACGAGGCGAGCUGGUCGACGCGGUCGUGGCUCUCGCUGCAGGCCCAGCGCAUGUCAGUCGCGCUGCAGCUCGCGGCGGCGGAAGAGAUUGCGACCGAGCUCAGGCUCGCCGCGGCGUCGGAGGACGCCGCCGUCGCCUAG